UAUAUUCGCCAACGACGCUCAUUGCGCUGCACAACAUCGAGGAGUGAAGGCUAAAGAAGCAGAGGAGAAGGCCGAGUGCUAGCUUGGCCACAAUGGUGAUGGAGACUCAGGUACGGAGGAUCGAUCAUUCAUUCAGUUUCAGUUUCAGUUCAGGCAUAUGUGUGGGUUAUUUGCUAUAUAUCAUGUUUGCACUCCGUGCAUUGUGUUCUGAGUAGAAGCUGCUGCUCUGUUUUUGAACGAUGACUCUUUUCUUUAUUGUUUAGAAUGACAAUGAGUUUGAAGUAAUGGAGAUUUAGAAGUUCGACGUUGAAGUGGUGAAGCAGCUGUUGUUCACAGUGAAAGCACUCCAAUUCCAAUGGAGAAUUCUUCCUAUCCUCCAUUCUUAACCACUCACAGGAAUCUAUUCGAAGGUUGCUGUGAGGCCGAGGUGGCGGCGGCGGCAGAGGAACACCACUACUGCGACCUCCCCCUCAUCGACCUCGGUCGGCUCCACGGCGACGAGCUAGAGGCCGAACGGUGCAAGCGCGACAUCUCGGCCGCCGCCGCUGACUGGGGCUUCUUCCAGAUCGUGAACCACGGGGUGCCGGCCAAGCUGACCGCUAGGCUCCGGGAGGAGCAGGCCAAGUUGUUCCGGCAGCCUUUCAAGAAAAAGUCCGGCGAGAAUCUCCUCGACUUCGCUGACGACAGCUACCGCUGGGGCACGCCGUCCGCCACGUGCCUCCGGCAACUAUCAUGGUCGGAGGCUUACCACAUUCCCCUCUUUUCAUCCUCUUCCGACAAAUCCACUCCCCGAAGCAGCAACUGCAAACACGUAAUAGAGAAGUACUCUUCAGCAAUGUCGGAGCUAGCGAACCGGCUGCUCGACACGCUUGCAGAAGGAAUAGGCCGCGACAGCACACACAUCAAAGACAACUGCACGCGCAGCACUUGUUACCUUCGCCUGAACCGGUAUCCGCCAUGCCCGGUGCCCAGCCAAGUCUUCGGGCUCGUGCCGCACACGGACAGUGACUUCCUCACCAUUCUGUGCCCGGACAGAGUCACCGGUCUCCAGCUGAAGAAGGACAGCAAGUGGUUCACCGUCAAGCCCAACCCCAACACACUCAUCAUCAACAUCGGCGAUCUCUUCCAGGCAUGGAGCAACGGCCUUUACAAGAGCGUGGAGCACAGAGUGGUGUCGAACAAGUACCAGGAGAGGUUCUCCGUGGCCUACUUCGUGUGCCCUUCGAAGGAGACGAUGAUCCAGAGCAAUGUAGAGCCGGCGAAGUACAGAAAGUUCAGCUUCGGGGAGUACAGACAGCAAGUGCAGCAAGACGUCAGCCUCACUGGGUACAAGGUUGGCCUCGCGAGGUAUCUCGCUUGAGGAAGAUCAUCAAAAAGGGACAAAGUUCCUCCUUUUUUGUCCCUUUUUGGCCAAGAAUUGUAGAUUAUGAUGCAGAUCGUUUGUAUCCGAUGCAGAGGGGGGAUUUAAUAAUAUCAUGCAUAAACAACA